UUCAGUGGAAUUAACAGUAAUAUGAAUGAAAACCAAAACCCAGUCACGUACCCAUACUGGGCUUCUACAGAACAAAAUCGAGUUUACUUUUUAGGCUCUGGAAUUGGGGGAGAGAUUCUUGAAAGCAACACGAGCAUUAUCAUAGGUGCUGCGGCUAUCAAACUUGAGUACAACCUUAAGGAUGAUAUUGAUACCGACGGCUUGUCCGCAAUUUGGGAGGAUGAGUUUGUGAAGUUGUUGGAAAACUUUCAUUCAGAUACUGUUGAAGUAACACGUUACACGUCACAGUCACUGCAGCAGGAAUUGAAUAAAGCUAGUGGGGAGGUGUUUGGUACGUUUACCAUCGCUUUUACAUUGAUUAUAACCUUUUCUAUCUGGUCUUGUACUAAAUUGGACUGGGUCCAGAAUAAACCAUGGCUAGCGUGUCUUGGAGUGUUGUCCGCUGGAUUUGCUAUCCUCAGUACGUUUGGUAUCCUAGGCUUUUGUGGUGUUCCUUUCAUUGACAUUGUUGCAAGCACACCUAUUUUGAUUCUCAGUAUCGGCGUUGACGACAUGUUCAUAAUGAUAUGUGCUUGGCGUAGAACUAACGUUUGUUCCACUGUCGAAGAUCGAAUGGCCGAAACUCUCAGCGAAGCUGCAUUGUCUAUAACAAUAACAUCUCUCACUGAUGCCCUCGCUUUUGGCAUAGGAACAAUAACUUACUUUCCCUCUGUUCAGAUUUUCUGUAUUUUCACAGGAGUUGCAGUUCUCUUUGAUUAUUUCUAUCAGGUCACGUUUUUCGCCGCAGCUAUGGUACUGACGGGUCGUCGAGAAGACAAGAAUCGACACUGUGUAAGUUGCAAUGUAGUUCGGCCACUUGACGAAGCGCCAAGCCUAACCUACAAGAUAUUCUGCGCUGGUGGUCCAUCACAUAACCACCCUGAGUAUCAAUUACAGGAUUCUUCGCAUGCUCUGAUGCUGUUUUUUCGAGAUUAUUUUGCUCCAUUUGUUUGCCAUCCUAUUGUGAAAAUACUGACAAUCGUAGUUUAUAUUGUGUAUCUAGGAAUAUCCAUACUUGGUGUGACACGUCUUCAAGAGGGUUUAGAGCUAAGGAACAUUGCAUCUGACAAAUCGUACGUUGUCCCAUUUUAUGACUACGAAACUCAAUUUUUUAAGAGGUAUGGUCCGGCUGUUGCUGUUGUUUUCAACGAUGAACAUGAAUAUUGGAAACCCGCUGUACAAGAGGAGCUCGAUGAUAUCGUUGCACGAUUUGAAGGUUCUCAAUUCACACAUGGAGAUACAUUCACAACAUGGUGGCUUCGGGAUUAUCUCGACUACCUUGACGUAGUCGGGAAUAAUGAUCCAUCGAAAGAGGACUUCUUUAGAAUUCUUACUGAAGAAUUCUUACAAUUUGACAUUUACAAACAAUAUUCACUAGAUAUAAUCUUCAACGCAGAGGCUAACUCGAUUAAAACCUCGCGAUUUUAUGUUCUAACGCGUGAUAUAACAAAUUCUACAAGAGAAGCCGCCAUGAUGAAUAAUAUGCGAAAAUUAGCAGACGAUGCCGACGAGAAUAUAAUUGUCUUCCAUCCAUCGUUCAUAUUUAUCGACCAAUACGAGGCAGUUUUGCCAAACACUGUACAAAACCUGUGUAUAGCUCUAGGAUCUAUGCUCCUGGUGUCUUUGCUUCUAAUACCAAAGCCAAUUUGUGCCAUAUGGGUGGCACUGUCUAUCGCCUCAAUUGAAGUUGGUGUUGUUGGUCUGAUGUCUUUCUGGGGAGUUAAGCUUGAUUCGGUCUCUAUGAUAAACAUCAUACUCUGCGUCGGCUUCAGUGUAGAUUUUUCCGCCCAUAUGGCAUACGCAUUCUCCAUUGCUGAUGGUUCAACGAAUGAUGCCAGGGCUAGGGCAGCUUUUUAUGCACUUGGUAUGCCAAUUGCACAGGGCGCAUGCUCCACUAUCCUCGGCAUUAUGGUACUGGUUUCAUCUGACAUUUACAUAUUCCGCACCUUUUUUAAGACUAUUUUUCUCGUCAUCACUUUAGGGUUGGCCCAUGGCCUGUUCAUAUUGCCUGUCCUGUUAAUGUUAUUUAGUCAGACUCCGUGUAGCGGUUCUGAUGCUAUCCCACAGGUUGUACCAAUUAGUUGUAGACCUUUACGGGCAGAUGUGUUACGGACAGAUGGACUUUCGCCAACUUUGUCUCAGAGAAAUGCAAUGGAAAUGAAUUCCAAAGGAGAAAUGAAUGAGUUAUUAGUAGUAGGAAAUGCUGGAGAAUCAACAACAAAAAUUACGCUUGACGACGGUAAACUCAAUCCAACGUUUAAAAAGGAUUGAACAUAUUAAAAUGAUAAUUAUUUGUGGUGUAACUUAUAAAUAAUUGUUCUUCUUGCGACGAAUACGCCACGAGACAUUUUUCAACUUCGGCACAGUUCCACCACGUGUUCACGAUAACAUCGGUGCUCGA